AUGGCGGCUCCUUUGACGCUGCUGCUGCUCGUGGCUGUUACCCUCCGCGCGGCUCUGUUCCGGGCCGGGCUGACGGAGCUCAUCUCCGGGAGGGUGGAGGUGGUGUCCCCGCUGACCGCCUGGAAGAGAGUGGUUGAAGGUUUGGCUCUGCUGGAUUUGGGCGUCUCACCGUACUCUGGAGAUGUUUUCCAUGAGACUCCUCUCAUCAUUUACCUCUUCCACUUCCUGGUGGACUACGCUGAGAUAACAUUUAUAUUAGCAGAUGUGAUCACAGCUGUGGCACUUUACCUGGCAGUGAAGGACUACAACAAACAAGUGUUCAGAAAGCAGAGAUAUGCUCUGGAGGCCGACCGCUACCCCCUCGACUGUCUGGAGCUCAUCAGGAGCCCCAAGGAAAUGUACUACAUCCCCCUGAAAGUAGCCAUGUUUUAUCUGUUGAACCCGUUCACCAUCCUCUCCUGCGUCGCCAUGUCGACCUGCGCCCUGAACAACGCCGUCAUCGCCCUCUUCAUCCUCACUACGAUAAAGGGAAAUGUUUUGCUCAGUGCCAUAUUUCUGUCCCUGGCCACGUAUCAGUCCAUCUAUCCUCUGACUCUGUGCGCUCCAGCUCUGCUCUAUUUGAUGCAGCGACAGUACAUCCCGGUGAACUUCCGCCGGGCCAGCUUCUGGUGGUUCAUCGCCCAGUACGCCUUCAUGUACCUGGGCAGCCUGUUCGUCAUCGUGGGCCUCUCCUUCUUCCUGCUCGGCUCCUGGGAUUACCUGCCCUCCGUCUACGGCUUCAUUCUCUCAGUUCCAGACCUGACCCCCAACAUCGGCCUCUUCUGGUAUUUCUUCGCCGAGAUGUUUGAGCACUUCCGCCUCUUCUUCCUCUGCGUCUUUCAGAUCAACAUUUUCUUCUACACCAUCCCGCUGUCCAUCAAACUCAAGGAGCAUCCAGUGUUUCUGAUCUUCAUGCAGUUGGCUGUGAUCUCCAUCUUUAAGUCUUACCCCACAGUGGGAGACAUCGCCCUCUACAUGGCCUUCCUUCCUGUCUGGAGUCACCUGCACAGAUUCUUGAGGAACAUCUUCCUGGUGUCCUGCGUCCUGUUGGCCUGUUCCGCCUUGUUCCCGGUUCUCUGGCACCUCUGGAUCUACGCCGGCAGCGCCAACUCCAACUUCUACUACGCCAUAACGCUCCUGUUCAAUGUGGCCCAGAUUCUGCUGAUAUCUGAUUAUUUCUAUGCCUUCCUGAGGAGAGAGCACCACCUCACCUACGGGCUGUACCUGAAGAGGAAAGAUGGCUCCGAGGCGACGCUGGUGCUCAAAUGAAACGCCCACUCACUCACAUCCUCGGCCUGAGAGGAAGAAACUGCUCGACGUCUCACGUUUCCUCAAAGCGGACGAACACAAAGAAAAGACUUCUAAAACCAAACUGGUUCGACACGCGCACAGAACGUGUGUCUGGUACAACUUCAUAUGCAAACAACAGAACUACAUCAUAGAACGGACCCAUGCAGAUGUUGGAUGUGGAGAAACAUCUCCAUCCUCUUUACUCUUUUCUAAGCUUCAUUCCACCUGGAUCCUACCAUGCUUUUAUUUUGAAGUCUCCUCUUUGGUUGCAGCCACUCCAGAAGAGUUUUAUUUUGACGCAGUGUUUAUCCUGCAGCUCCGUCCUGGACAGCUUUUAUUUUGAAGCACCAACUCCCAUGCACUGUCCCUCUGCAAGGCUUUUACUUUGAAGUCUUGUUCCUCUUUGAACACUGAAGAAGAAAAUUGUAAAAAUGUGGGGAAACUGCUGCUGACAUGAUCAUUCCUGAUCCUUUACAGCUCUCCCACACACACAUUUUCUUUUUGUGUUCACACUGGAACUCAUAGGCAGACAGGAUGAAGAAAUCUUUUAUUUUGAAGGGUUUUGUCUGGAAUCCUCUUUCAAUUCUUUCAUGUUUCUCAUGUUGUUUGCACUGUUUGUUUUUCUCUCUCUCAUAGUUUCCUCAUUAAUUAACAAACUCUAAAUCGCCAGUGUUGCAUCUCAAGUGAAAUCCAGUCGAACGAGAACUCGCCUCAUCAUGGUACAUAAACCCAAACACUACCGGGGGGGCAGGGAUCGAUUCAGCUGCUGACACACAGACACACACUGAUUCAUCUCUAAAACCCAGAUUUCUCUCUUUCUAGUUUACCGAGAGCACAUCGGACAAAGACCACAGUGAAUGUGUCUUAAAUAAGUAAAGUGCUUCAGAAUCUGUGGGGAGAAGAAACAGAUUUUAGUUUUCUGGACCAAGUUAAAGGAACUGGUUCUGCAGCGGCCUUGUGUUUACCACUCGUCACAACUACAGCUUUGUAGCAUUAGAGUUUUGGCUCAUAAUGUGUAAACAAACGUAAUUAAUCAUUUAUUUGGUUUUAUUUGUUAUUGGGACACGUUCAUACCCUCAGUCGACACAACCUCAAGCACUCCAUAUGUUUCUGUCGACUUGAUUUAAACAGUCAUCAUUCCCAUUUCCACAACACUAACUCCAUCAUUAACGUAAGAGCCGCUAAAUUCACGACAGGUGAUAUUUUUUAUCUUGUCCUCAGAAGAUAUUAACUUGUGCGUAAAGAUGAUUUAAUAAUAUCUCUUUCAAGGUUUAUUUUCACAUUAUAAUGUCAUAUUGUAAAAUCCUUGCUGUUCUCCUACGACACGUGAUUAACUUCAUAGCACAAGAUAAGAACAUAUCACCUGUCUGGACGUACGGGACUUUUAUUGUUGCCCGUGUCGUUUGAAAUGCUCAUUUGUUCCAGCUGAAAGUCAUCGAGGCGUUUUGAUACCAAUGAGUGAAAAAUGAGUUGUGAUAUUUAUUUAUUUCCUGCACUGAAAACUUUGCAAUGAGAUUUCAUUUUUUUCUUCUUUCCUCUGUUUUUGUUAUCUGAGAUCAAAUCAGGAACUCUUCAGUUUUUGAUACUGUAAAUACUAAUGUGAUUUGUUUUGUUACAGAUAUUUAAGUGCAGGUGUGAAAGGGAUGAUGGUACAUUUGAUGAAUGAAUGACCAUGAUGUCAGAAAUGAUGAUUAUUAAACUUGAGGUGUUGGUUUA